CAAAGGCUCAAAGCCCAUAAAGCUUUGCUAGAGCAUCCAGAUGCGGAGACCUAUUCUAUUCUAUCAGUCUAUCUCCUUUGCGCUAUACCCCACUGCGUACUUGGAAAAAUGGCUUCUUCCUCUUCCCUCCUCUCGGCCGGCGUCUCCAUCCUCCUCAUCCACGCCGUGGCGGUGGGCGUGGCCACCGCGGGAGACGCGACGGCGCAGCUGCCACGGUCGGAGCUGGCCGCGAUCUUCAGGGUUAUGGCCGACCUCCUCGGCGACCCGACGUGGCCGCAGCUCCACCCGCGGCCCUGCACGGACACGCCAUGGCCGGGCCUCCAGUGCGAGCUCGCCCCCGACGACAGCAGCCGCCUCCGGGCCACCCGCCUCCAUUUCGGCCCCGACGUGUCCACCCCGCCCUGCAGGCCCGGCGCCAGGCUCGCCGCCCCCGCGAUCCUUGGCCUGCCCCACCUCAGGACCCUCUCCCUCUUCGGCUGCUUCGUCGACGCCCGCCCCGUCGAGUUGCCGCCGGCGCUCUUCACCAACGCCUCCUCCCUCGAGCAGCUCGUCCUCAAGUCCAACCCGGGCCUGACCGGCCGGAUACCGGCAACCUUGACAAACCUGAAGAGACUUCAAGUGCUUAGCCUGUCCCAGAACGGCUUCCACGGCGAGAUCCCCAGGGAGCUCGGCGGCCUCGCCGCGUUGCAGCAGCUCGACCUCAGCUACAACAACAUCACCGGCGAGAUACCGGAGGAGAUUGGAGGCAUGGCGAGCCUAUCCAUCCUGGACCUGAGCUGGAACGACAUCGGCGGCGGCGUGCCGGCGGCGUUGGGUGGCCUGAAGAUGCUGCAGAAGGCGGACCUGAGCUACAACCGGCUCGCCGGCGUGGUGCCGCCGGAGGUCGGCACUCUGAAGGAGCUGGUGUUCCUGGACCUGAGCCACAACGGGCUCGCGGGCCCGCUGCCAGCCUCGCUUGCCGGGCUGGCGAAGCUGCAGUACCUGCUCCUGCAGGACAACCCCAUCGGCACGGCGGUGCCGGCGGUGGUCGGGUCGCUGCGGCGGCUGCAGGUGCUGGGCCUGUCCGGGUGCAACCUGACGGGGCCGAUCCCGCGGGGCGCGUUCGCGGCGCUGGGGAGCCUGAUGGCGCUGUCGCUGGACCGGAACCGGCUGGACGGGCCGAUCCCGGCGAGCCUCGGCGCGCUGCCGCACCUGGGGCAGCUCAACCUGAGCCAGAACCGGCUCGCCGGGGAGAUCGCCCUGCCGGUUGAGUUCGUGGCGCGGCUCGGCAGGCGGCUCGACGUGCGCGGCAACGAGGAGCUGUGCGUCGGCCAGGGAAGGUACGGCGGGCUGCAGGCCAGCUACCUCAGGGCGCCGCCGUGCGUGGGACAGGGGAGGAGCGCCAACGGGACGUCCGCGCUGGACGACGGCGCGGCGGGGGUUUACGGACCGGUCGUUGGGUUGGUGUGCCACCUUCUUGUGUUGUUGGUACUCGAACUGUGACGUCAAAUGGAUUGAGCGGGCUCAUUCUUCACGAGAUUACCGGGUCCAACGGGAUGGAUCGUUAGGUGUCCUCUUGCAGUUUAUAUCCGAUUGGAUUGGAUGAACGUACCCAAAAUGUGCUAUACGCCGAACCUACCGGGGAAAAAAAAUACUGCAUUUCUCAACCCAA